AUGGACAAUGUGCCCCUGGCGGCAUCCGCAAAGCGUCUUGUUCUUGACUUACCUCCCAGCUGCAUGCAGUUUUCUCCCAUUGACAGCUCGUACUUUGUGGUAGGGACGUACAAUUUACACAGGCAGGACCCGUCCGAAUCCGAACCCGAAUCCCAAACCCAAACCCAACAAGCUGUACCGGAAGCCACAGAAAAUGAUGUUCCGGAAACAGAGAGUGCAACUAGAAUAUCACAGAGCCGGAGUGGUAGUUUAAUCAUCAAGGUCCAAGCAAUGCCGCAGCCUUCAGCUUUGUUAGAUCUUCGAUUUCACCCACAUCAUAGCAAGCACCAGGGCAUCUUUGCUGUUGUUUCAAGUACAGGCACGCUGGCGAUAUAUCGUCUCAAUACAGAAAACAACCAGCCGCUAGAACACGUGGCAACCAGUCGUUGCAGUGAUCUCGGGGAAGACGUUUUGUUUUUGCAAUGCAACUGGCACCCAUCUGUUGAAAAUGUGAUUGCGGUGACUACCUCGACUGGAUUGGCCAGGGUCUUUUAUCUCAAUGGAAGUUGGGCCAUCAAGGACUGGGUCGACGUAGAUGUCCAGAACACGUUGGAAGCUUGGUCAGUAUGCCUGUCCAACCCAGACAGCAGCAACGGCGACGAAAGGAAGCAGGUAACGGUGUAUUGUGGUGGCGACGAUUCAAUUUUAAGGUACACAUCGUUGUCGCUGGGUCAGAGCAACAUUAAACAAAAUAUUGAGACAGAGUAUCCUCCAAUAAGUAUCAAGGGUCCUCACAACGCAGGAGUUACUGCAAUCCUGCCUCUUUCAGCCUGGACACCGGCAGGCUGGCGGAUUGUUAUAACCGGAAGCUAUGACGAUCAACUUCGAGUCUUCGCUGUUAAUGAUCCACAUGAAAGCUAUGGGGCGAAGAUGGUGCAACUUCUGACGGAAAUCGAUCUUGGUGGUGGAGUAUGGCGGCUGAACUUGAUCGACAUGAAGGUGAACUCUUUGCAAAGGGGAUCUGUCUACAUUCUUCUUCUGGCAUCUUGUAUGCAUGCCGGGCCGAGGGUAGUGGAGGUUGUGACCGAUGAUGGCCAAACUUGGCGGUGUUCAGUGCUUGCAAGAUUUGAGGAGCACCAGAGCAUGAAUUAUGCUGCAGACUGUCUAUACAACCAUGACAAGCGCAGUCUGACCUGCGUCUCGACUAGUUUCUACGAUAGGCUAAUGUGUCUCUGGACCUGCGAUCUGUGA